UUUUCCAACUAGAAAUCUUCUCUCUCUCUCUCUCACACGAUAGCGUAGCCCACCGAUCCGACACUUGGAUUCUUCUCUCUCUAAAACCCUCUGCCAUGUCGAUUCUUCUCGAUUGAUCAUCAGCACCACUCUCCACCACGUCAAAGCUCGUCAAUGGAUGCUAAAGUUCUAUACCCUAAGAUUCAACUCGACGACUACGAGCCCAAGUUUUUCUCUCACACGGUUUCUGAAGAUGUUGAGGAACAAAGGAAAGAAAGUAGUUUGUCGGCCACUGAUAAUUUGGCAAAUGAAGAAAAUGCACAGCUGAAAGAUGAUGAAACCGAGACACCUGACGGCACUAUGGUGGGUGAUGAUCUGCAGAAUCAUAAUGUUUCAAAUGCUGGCAAUGAUACAGUUGGCAAAUAUUUUUGUUAUGACUUGCCAGUUUCUGAAGAAACUGGGGUUUGGAUACCUGUCUCUGUUCCACCAAUGUCAGGGAGCGAACAUGAAGAAUGGAAUAGGGGUUUUUCCUUCGGUGGGGGCUACUUCGCUGAUGGGGACAUGGGAUGGAAUCAGUUUGUUGGAGAAGAGAAAGAGAUGACUAUGUGGGAUGUGGUUCUUGAUAUGCUACUUGUGGCCCGAGGGAAAGUGACUGCUCUUGCUUCAGGUGACGUCCAUGGUUGCGCGAUUUCCUGGAUAUCAAACAAUCUUCUUGAGCAAGCUUGGAAAGAGAUGGCUCAAACCCUCACAGAAGCUAAUUUUGGUAAUGCAAGGGAAAUCCUUGAAGCAGAGCCACCAAAAUGGUUGGCUGACAGUGCUGCUUCUGCUUGCAUGCUGUGUAAUGUGCGCUUCCAUCCGAUCAUGUGCUCUAGGCACCACUGCCGGUUUUGUGGAGGGAUUUUUUGCAAUCAGUGUUCCAAGGGAAGGAGCUUGUUACCUGCCAAGUUUCACACUGGGAACCCGCAACGAGUUUGUGAUGUGUGCAGUGUGCGGCUUGAUUCAGUCCAGUCAUACUUAAUGGACCAAGUAAGUCGUGCUGCACAGUUGCCAACCCAUGAUCUGACAGACCUCAGUACGUUGAGAUCGUGGCUUAAUUUUCCAUGGGGCCAGUCCAUGGAAUAUGAAAUUUAUAAGGCUACAAACACCAUUCGGGGUUACAAUCAGGUUGGCUUGUUGACACCAGAAAAGUCCAUACCAGAUGCUAUUUUAAAACAAGCAAAAGGCCUUGCAAUUCUUACUGUUGCAAAGGUUGGUGUGAUGGUGACCUACAACAUUGGAACAGGGCUAGUUGUUGCACGUAGACAAGAUGGAUCUUGGUCACCACCGUCUGCCAUUUCUACAUUUGGCAUUGGUUGGGGAGCUCAGGCAGGAGGGGAACUGACAGACUUUAUAAUUGUGUUGAGGACAAGUGGUGCUGUACAGACAUUUAGCGGAAAUGUGCAUUUCUCAGUUGGAGCAGGUUUGAGUGCUGCUGUUGGCAUUGUUGGAAGGGCUGCUGAAGCGGAUGUUCGUGCUGGUGAUGGUGGCUAUGCUGCUUGCUAUACUUACAGCUGCAGUAAAGGUGCAUUUGUUGGAUGCUCGCUUGAAGGGAGUGUUGUCACCACCCGCACCCAAGAAAAUUCCAGAUUCUACGGUAAUCCAUCCUUCAGGGCAUCAGACAUUCUUCUUGGAUUGUUGCCUCGGCCUCCUGCGGCUGCCAUUCUCUAUCACGCACUGUCAGAUUUGUACCAGAAACUUGAAAGGUGAUCGAUCAACUGUAGAUUCUAUGUCAACCUUUUCCAUUUAUGGUGAAUUUCUGUGUCUAUUCUUUGUUCUAUAUGGAGAAGCAAUCGGUUACACGAGUGGUUGGGUUGUACAGCACAAGUCCCAAAAGAAGAGGUGAGUUCCAAACUAUAUGUACUGAGUUGCCAGUGAUGGAAACUUACCUGAUUGUACAUAAUUUACGUGCCAAACUAUAGAAAAUUCAUUGCUGGGAAGAAACGUUUUUAUAUAUAUAUAUAU